UCUUCUACGCCAUCGCCAUCUGCCUCCGUUGAAACAACAACUAACACCUCCACCUUCAACCCUUCAACACUCACGCGUUUUCGACUUUUCAUCUAUCUCUUUCUCUCAUGUACAACGCUAUUACCUUCCCCUCUUCUUCUUCUUCUCUUUUCACUCGCACAUAAAACCAGCAUAAACAAUGGCUUCCACCUACAGCUGCAAGCAUUGCGGCACCAACCUCAACCUGAGAUCCUUCUACGCCUUCCCACCGGACUUCUACUUCGAGGCCGGCAACAAAGGUUCCGUCUCCUUCUCCGCCGUGGACGCCGCCAAGCUCCGAUUCGAGAAAGAGGACAAAAUCAAACCCUUCUUCGAAACCCUAAACUACUGGGGCAUCCAACGAAAGAGGACCAAGAUGAUCUGCAACUCUUGCGCCCAUCUCCUUGGCUACAUCUACGACGACGGCCCUCCACUCACCGAUACUCCCGGUCAGUUCCACAUGGGUCCCAGCCAGGUCAUACCUCGUGCCCCCAGGUACCGUUUCAAGACCAAAGCACUCACAAUUCUUCAACAUCCCUCUUAAGUCUUAUCGUCAAAACUUAGCUGGAGUCGACCACACGGGAUAACUGAGAGCUGAGAACCAUAAAGAUGAAAAUUUAGUCAAAUUAGUUAAAUCAUUUAUUGGCUCUCAAUUAUCACUUUAGCCUGAGUAUCCACCUUUUGUAUAUUAUGUACUUUAUAUUUUGAGCUUUCAUUAUCAUGUAUACAAAAUUAAUCAUCAUUUGCAUAUGAUUGCGUUUAUUGUAUAGUUUAUGCUUGGUUUCUGAAUUCUGAUUGAAUGUCAAGUUGGAUAUGAAUUAUGUCUGGC